GUCAAAACCAAACAUUGGUCUGUCACUGCACUGAGACUGAGUUACAGCAGCGAUGUCAAAACUACUAUAAGUUAGCCAGCCCAGGACUUUAUGGAUGUUAAUAUUAGUAUAUGAUAGCCGAAUACAAACAUUUCUAGAGAGAAAAAAUGUUCGUUUGGUUGAGCGGUAGUUGAGCUUUAGAAAGUUAACUUAGACAAAACUUAGCUAAUGUUAGAUUGACAGACAGCUUGUAAUUGUAGCUUAGCAAUGACAGGGAUAUGUUUAUUCCGCUCUGUCAACCACUGGGCUUUAACUGUGGACUAAAACAGGUGAAUGCUUCAGUUUUAAAGAGCACUGCCGGGUAACUAUUAGUUUCUAAGUUUGUUUAUUUGGGCAGAACGCUAACCUCUAACCCAAGGCAGCUUAAGGUUAGCCUGCUAGCACCGAGUAAAACCACCCAACUAACCACGAAUCUGUUUCUGUGGGAAUUAUGAGCACCAGUAAUCGUUAUGCAAGUCGCAAACGGAAGAAACCUGUCCCGAAAAGUGAGAAGCAGUCUGUCACAUCGAACCCAUCUAAACGACAUCGGGACCGGCUGAAUGGAGAGUUAGACAGGUUGGCCAGCCAGCUCCCCUUCCCUCAAGAGGUCAUAUCCAAGCUGGACAAACUCACCAUACUGAGGCUAAGUGUGAGCUACCUGCGGGCCAAAAGUCACUUCAAUGUGACCCUGAACUCAAAGAACUCCAGCCAACUAGCAAAUAACACUAAACCACACAAACAGGAGCUUCCAGAGGGAGACUUUUUGCUACAGGUUAUAAAUGGCUUUGUGUUGGUGGUCACCUCCAAUGGCACAAUCUUCUAUGCUUCCUCCACCAUUGAGGACUACUUGGGGUUCCAUCAGUCGGAUCUCAUCCAUCAGAGUGUUUACGAGCUCAUUCACACUGAAGACCGGGCUGAGUUUCAGAAGCAGCUCCACUGGGCGCUCAACCCCAGCUGCACUCUAGACACCGGACAGCUAGUGCAAGCUUCCCAUGAUUCACCACUGCCUCAGACGUACUACAUUCCAGAGCAGUUGCCACCAGAGAACUCCACCUUUCUGGAGCGAAAUUUUGUUUGCCGGUUAAGAUGUCUCAUGGACAACUCAUCUGGCUUUCUUGCCAUGAAUUUUCAGGGGCGUUUGAAGUUCCUGUAUGGGCAGAAUGAGAGGAGAGCAGAUGGCAAACCCAUCCCUCCUCAGCUGGCCCUGUUUGCCCUGGUCAGCCCUCUGCAGCCGCCUUCCAUAGUGGAAAUCCGCACCAAGAGCUUCAUAUUUAAAACCAAGCAUAAGCUGGACUUCACUCCCACCGCAUGUGAUGCAAAAGGGAAGAUUGUUCUCGGCUACACAGAGGCAGAACUGUGUUACCGCGGCUCAGGCUAUCAGUUCAUCCAUGCAGCUGACAUGCUGUACUGCGCUGAGAGCCACAUGCGGAUGAUGAGGACGGGUGAAAGUGGGUUGACUGUUUUCAGACUGUUGACUAAACAGAACCUCUGGAUUUGGAUACAGUCCAAUGCCAGACUUGUCUACAAAAAUGGGCAACCAGAUUGCAUCAUUGCCUCUCAGAGAGUUAUCACGGACGAGGAGGGUGAGGAGAACCUGAGAAAGCGUGCUAUGAUGCUUCCCUUCAGUUUUACUACAGGAGAGGCUGUUCUCUAUGACACGAACCUUCCCAGAUCUCUGGGUAACACUACAGCUUCUGAUCCUACUGCUCCAGACAACAAUACCCAACUCAGAACCACUGGAACUGUAGACCCCGACUCCCUGCUGGGCUCCAUGCUGAAGCAGGACGAGUCAAUAUAUGUGUGUUCUGCAGAUGAGCGCUCAGUGUCGGUACAGGGCUUAGGGAAUGAGGAUCUCAGUGGGAUCUUCUCAAGUAACUGGCAAGGAAGUGUUCUUUCACCCUCUGAAAGCUCUCCGUUCAAACAAGAACCAAUCAUUGGCUCUGGAGGAGACGACAACUGUGAAAUACUGAACUUUAUGGGGAGUUUAGGCAUCAGCCCAGAAGACCUGAAGUUCCUACAACAAGACGAACUUUUCCUCAGGAUUGACCUUGAUGGUCGGAAUGACGUGGCAGACCUUACAGAUGGCAUCUUGUCCUAUGUGCAACAGUCUCUCAGGGCGAAGACGGACUGUAUAGGUGAUGUCCAGGACAAUGUGAAGGAGAAGUGUCUUGUUGGGAAGCCUAUGCAGAUCUUUACCCCUCCACAGCAAGCUCCUAUGUUAAUCCCACAGGAAUCAUGUGAUCCUCUCUCAUUAGUACCUCAGGAACAACAGAUGACUUUUACAAUAGAAAAUCCACAACACUUCACACGAAUACAACCUCACACUGAACUGCAGGCUACUGCAGAUCUCCAAAACAUUCCUCAAGGACAGCAACACACAAUGUCUCAACCAAAUAAAGAGACAGGAAUCACACAAUUCAAACUUUCACACAUUACAAUCCAAAAACACCAGGUUCAGACGACGAGCCAACAAUCACAGUGCUCAUACCUUCCACCUCUCCAUCAGCAGGUAUGUAAAACACUCAGAAAUGCUCAGGUUUGUGGGAACCUCACUGAAGCUCUAGCCAGUGACAUGCAGCAGGUUCUUCCCCUCUUCCAGCCAGAGCUCCAACAGCCUGGAUGCUUUUACCUGGAGACGCCACCUCUGGAUCUAAAGCACCCUUUCAGAAAUCAUCUAAGCACUGUGUCCAUCAGCUCCCAGCAGCUCUCUUCACCUUAUAUCACUGCAAGUAACACAGGUUUGAGAGAGUUCACUGCUCAGGAACUCGAGGAGCUGCUCAAGGGCCUGGAUGGUGAUAUGGAGAGAAAGAGACACUCAGGACAGGACAAAAGAGUAGGUGUUGGACCAAGCUUGGAUCAACAAGCUUACAUAGGCCAGUUUCAGAAUGGAGGCCACACAAACUAUGCAAUGGAGGCACAUCUGGCACAACAUCCUGACCAGCGCCAGAACAAGAACAGACCCCAUCCAAACCUGUCUUUAGGAGGAUACUUUUGACCACACAGCUGACGAUCAUGAGAAAGUAAAGCAAAAAAAAAAAAAAAAAAAAAGGUGGAGCUUUGUUCCUAUCAAUCAGAGGUCACCAUGCUCUGAGCUGUGAUGAUCAUUGGCUGUCUAGAGUUGGCAGCUGUGGUCAUAUGAACCCAUAAUGCCUGGGCCAGAAAAGAGCACCAGUAGAAUGCAGGAUGAGGAGUAAGAAGCAGAAAUUGGGGUGAAGGAAAGGCUGAAAAGGCUGUCUUGUGGCUCAGCAUGACAUCUAAGAUGAAUGAAGAAUCAGCCCGUUUGGAUCAGCUAGAUAUAAGAAUCGUUCAUCUGUGACUCCCCUGUUAUAUGAACAGUGCUGUCACUGUGCUUUGAUAAAUGUCUCUUUAAAUGUCUCUCUUGAGAUGUUGCAAAUCUAUUGGCCUGUCAAAAAUGUGUCCCAAAGCAAUAUAUACAGUGUGCACUAACUGUAAAUAGCCUCCAGCAAAUGCCAAACAAGCCUUGGUUUUCCAAAUAUGUAAUAACGUUUAUAAAGUAGGACAACAUAGCUAUAUAAUGUGCAGUUCUUCACAUGCUAGCUACUUGUUUCCUGUUUAGUCAAAAGACAAAUAUUGUACAGUAUAUGACUUAUUCGGAUGAUUUACUCAACAUUGACUUCUUGUCAAGAGUAUUUUCAAUUAAGCUGAGAAUUUUCAACAUUUUUGUUGGUAUUUUUCUUCUCUUCACUCUUUUGAAUAAUUGAAUUUAUUAAAUGGAAGAUAUUUCAUUAGGUUUUUUUUUUUUUUUGAGAGAGAUUUGAAGUGUUUUGUAAUGUUCUGGAGUAUUGAUGGGUAAUCAGGGUACCUUCAUGGGUCUCUCUGGACUGUCAUUUGUAUAGUAAUGUAUCUUUUUUUGGGGGGGGGGGAGCUGUUAGAGGAAAUCAACAAUCAGGCACAUGUUGCACUUACGAAUAGAUUAAUUCAGAUAUAGACUUAUCAUAAAGCACUAUUGAUAAACGAGCAGGCAAGAUAAUGUGACAGAUGACCAAACCAAUGCUGCUUGAUGUUUUUUUUUUUUUCUUUUUCUUUUCUUUUUUUUUUUUUUUUAAGAGGAUUUUUAUGCUCACCAAGGCUGUGUUUAAUUGAUCAAAAAUACAGUAAAACAGUUAUAUUGUGAAAUGUUAUUACAAUUUAAAAGAAUUGUUUUCUUUUUUAAAUAUAUUUUAAAAUCUAACAUAUUCCUGUGAUGGAAAAGCAGUGUCAUUAUUCCAGUCUUCAGUGUCACAUGAUCCUGAUAUGAUAUGCAUCAUUCUAAUAUGCUGAUUUGGUGCUCAAGAAACAUUUCUUAUUAUCAAUAUGAGACUAGUUGUGCUGUUUAAAAAUGUUUGUGGAAACCGUGAUACAUUUGUAUAAGAUUCUUUGAUUAAUUGAAAGCACAAAACAGCAUUGAUCUGAUACAGAAAUCUGUCACAUAAAUGUCACUUUUGAAUAAAUGCAUCCUUGCUGAAUAAAAUUGAAAUUGUCCAA